AUUAGCAUCCCGAUAAUUUUUGUACCAUGGUGAUUGGUCAUUAGUUGAUCGGACUAACGAUAAAAUCUGUGCAUGUAUUGUGUAUCUGACGGUAUCCUACACUGCAUUUCCAAGAAGUCACUUUUGGAGCUACUGCCACCUCCUGACCAAGCAGUAGCUCCAAGGUUCCCCCUGUCCCCAGCAUCAAUAGGCGCAGCACACUUGCACCUGAAGUGAUGCAAUGCAGACUUCCAUGAAACAUGGAAAAAACACUUGUUGAUUGUGUUUAAAAUUGCACUUUGGUCCCUACACUUGUGCAGGUACAUGUGCCCUUAUAUGAGCUUCUAACAAUAAAUAUAAAUGUAUUUUUUACACAGAAAUACCUGAUUCCACAGAUUGAAACUCCCCCUAAGGCUCACAGAGUAAAACUAUAAAGGACAUUUAUUGCCAUCUCAGGUGUUAAACUGCCAUUGCAAAUGUACCUUUGUUGCAUUAUGUUUUAUAUAUGUAUGUAUAUAUGUAUGUAUGUAAAUAAAUAAAAAAUGUUGCAUUUAAUUGAACAACACCCAUUAAUCAAGUAAUUUGAAUGGGACAUACACAUUAGGGUGACAAAUUCCAUAUCACUUGGCUCCAAAAAUGCUUAUUGGAUCACCUCCAGUGGUAGCUGAAUGAAAUUCCCUCUCUGGCAAAACUGUAGAAGUACUUGCGCAAGUGUGUUUUUAAGUGGAAGAAGUUGAAAUAUAUUUAUAUGUAAAAACCAGAUGGAUUCAGUUAGGCUCCACUUCUACAGAAAUCACAUUUCAUUAUCCUAUUUAAUUAUUAUUCUUAAAAGUUAAAAGAGACAACAACUGUAUAUAAAGAGAAUAAGAAAAAGUUUUUGCAUGUUGUGUAAGGGUUCAUAGCUAUUCUGUGCAGUAUCAGGCCCUAAGGGUUGGAGAACACCCAUAUUCCAUGGUCAGAAAGUCUCCCUGUCAUGUCCAUACCAAGCACAGUUUUAACAAUUCAUAAGUAAGAAACUGAUAGAAUGGAGCAUCUGUUAUAGAUUAUGUAUUUUGGGAAGGGGUUAGGGGUGGAGGUGCAUAAUCUGUCUAUUCCCAUAAACCUUUGCUAGCAGGAAAAGCAUUCAGGUGGCGUUGAAAAUGGAAAUUUUCUAUGGGCCAUUAGUAGCACAGGCAGGGCAAUAUGUAGCUUAAAGUAUGAAAGUCAUUUAUGUAGCAGAGAUGGACUUUAGUUGCGUCUCAAUUCAGCCAAAAGUGCCGGACAUAAAAAAGUCAUAACUAUAUUUUUGUUACUGCUUUAUCACAGAACAGACUUUUCUGCCAGCUUUGCUGGUCUGCAAAGUGUGUCAUUUGCCAAAAUUAUUCAAUUUUUACCAGCCAAAAAGUUAAUUUUGAGUGAGGAUCUUUAUGUGAAGGAUUCCUGUGAUUGUUAUUAAGGCAGUAAAUACAAAUGUCCUGCAUGUGUCAGAGAGAUAUUGUAUCAGGCGAUCUCGCCGAGAGACACAAUAAAUAGUAUUUACAUGCAGAAUGAACUCCAACCCAUAAACAGCGAGCUUGUUCUGAUAAGAGGUGCAUAAACUUAGUACGAGCCUGUGUAGUAGUCAGAGCAAUGCCUGAAUUUACAGUCCCACCCCAUAUGCAUAAUACAAUACAGCCUGCAGACUGGGAAGCCUACGCCUUCUCAUACAGGCUAUAAUGAUUGGUUCUCUGGCAGUGGGUAGGUACUUACAAUGGAAGCUGAGGGUAUAGUGUAGUGUCGGGAUUCUAUUGCAACCAUGUUAAGCUUUGUUAAACCUAUUCAAGAGCAGAAACAACAACAAGAGUAGAAUUCUCCUUUAACUUGUAUCUUAUGUCUCAAAGAUUUGUGAACACCCUGUUCUGGAAAGAGGAGAACGAAUGUCAUCACAGAUUGAAGUUUCUGCUCACAGCUCUGAACUGAGGAUCAAUGUCCCCUGGGGACACCUGGCAGCAAAAUCUUGGGGGCUGCGUGAGGGACAGCUUGUUCUCUGCCUGCAUGGCUGGUUGGAUAAUGCCAAUUCCUUUAAUAAACUCAUUCCAUUACUUCCGCAAGGUUAUCAUUAUGUGGCCCUGGACUUCACUGGACAUGGAUUAUCUUCCCACAAGCCUCCAGGGGCUAGAUAUGACUUUAUUGACUUUGUCAUAGAUGCUUACAAAGCUUUGGUGGCUUUAGGAAGAGAAAAGGUGACAGUGCUGGGACACAGCCUUGGUGGUCUUGUGGGGACUUUACUUGCCAGCAUAUACCCAGAAAUAAUAGAAAAUGUUAUUCUACUGGACACCUAUGGAUUCUAUCCUCAAAGUUCGCACAUAUUUAUUAGCCAUUUCAAAGACAGCAUCCUCAGCUAUGUCUGCACAGAUGUCGCCCAAGUCCAAAAGACGUAUACUCCUGGUGAUGCUCUGCAGAGGUUAUUAAUAGCCAACAAGUCUUUGACUGUAGAAUCAGUUAAAAUUCUCCUCCAACGUGGAACUAAAGAAAUGCCAGAUGGACUGACCUUCACACGGGAUCCCAGAAUCUGUUUGAUGUCCAUGCCACCACUAACCUUGGAGCUUUGUUGCCACAUGAUGAAGACUAUACAAGCCAAUGUCCUAGCCAUCAUAGCCAGUGAUGGACUAAUGAGUGAGAAAGAAAACCAGUUUGAUCCAAGAGAUGGAACCAUUUUACUGAGUCGGUGGCAAGAAUACGUUGAGUGCUUCCAGCUUGCGGCUGUGAAUGGAAACCAUUUUGUGCACUUGAACAAUGCGGAAAAUGUGUCUGGGAUUAUCAGUAGCUUCCUGCAGAAGAAACCACACUACCACUCAAAGCUCUGAAUUUCCAUAUCGACAUAUUCACAUGCAGCUUUCACAGUUCCAAGUCACUUGAACACUGGCAUUGCAAUCCUAUUCAUAGGAUUAGCCCAAAUCCCUGGGCACAUUCUGGGCACUGGCUCAUUGUCUGGAUCACAAGGACAACACAGACAAUUGCACAUUCUUAUGCAGGCCCGGAUUUGUGGAAAGGCCACAAAGGCCCGGGCCUAGGGCGGCACAAGUUUAGGGGCGGCAUGCCGC